AUGGCACAAAAACCAAGGACAACGCCGUUGUAUGAUCAACUUGAACAUGUUGAUUUUGUAAGAUCAAGAAUGAGCUCAGUUAACGAGGCUCAGCAAGAAUUUAUUACUUACAUGAAUGAGAUUACGGAUCCUUCUCUCGUGAACUGGGUUGAUUAUCUUAAUAGAUUUAACAUAUUUCUUUCCAAGCACGUGGGGUUUUCAAACACUUUCAUUGAAUCGAAUUUGCGAAAAAUUGUGGUUCAUCCCAAAGAAAUUCCACCACCAGAACAAGAUGAAAAGAUUUCAUUUUUAUUGCGAACAAAACGCAUUCCUGAAAUCGAAGAAGAAGAAGAACGUAUCAAACAUAAUAUUUCUAUCGAGGAAGAUUUAUAUCAGGAUGAAAAAGAUGCUAUUGUUGAUAUGAAUGAUGAAACAAAAUGGGAUAAAUUAUUAAAUGAAUGGAUGAUACGAUACAGUGAACAUGCAAAGGUUGCAUCUGCUGCGUCAGAAUUUGCUGAAAAUGUAAUUGGAGAGAUUAAUACAAAAUACAGAGUAGAGGACAGUGAGCUUGAUUCUAAUUUAACAAGCGAAGAAAUUGGAUCUCAAGGUGAUCUCACUCUAGAAAAAGUUCUUUCAUUUAUGUCAAGCGGGAUUCAAGAUAGUAAAGGAUCAUAA